AUGAGUGUAUUCGUGCAGUCUAAGCUUCUGCCGAGCGGACACUCAAUUCCCAGCUUGGCACUUGGUAUGUUCCAGAGCAGUCCUGAUGCGGAAGCUUACAAUGCAGUACUAACGGCGCUCAAGCUCGGUUACCGUCACAUUGAUACUGCUACUUUCUACGGAAACGAAGGGGACGUGGGAAGAGCGAUCCGUGACUCAGGCAUCUCUCGGAAAGAGAUUUUUGUCACCAGCAAGUAUUUUGAAAUGCACGGGUGGAGCUAUCAUCGUGUCGUCAAUAGUGUUCGUGAGAGCAACAGGGAGCUCGGCCUUGGGUACAUUGAUCUCUAUCUUCUCCAUGCUCCAUGUGAAGGGUCAACACGAGCAGAAGCCUGGAGAGCUCUCGAGGAUAUGCGGACCGAAGGACUAGUGCGUGAUAUUGGUGUCUCCAGCUUUGGCAAGGGCCAUUUGCUUAAGCUGGCAAAGACCUGGCGCGUCAAGCCGGCGGUGAAUCAAGUGGAGCUUCACCCGUGGUUGGCUCGUCGUGACACUGUCAAAUUCUGUGAGGAUCAGGGUAUCAUUCUGGAGGCCUAUUCGCCACUGGCACAGGGGAAAAAGAUGGAUGAUCCUGUGAUCAUGGAGAUCGCAAAGGAGCUCAACGCCACUCAGGCGCAGGUAAUGAUUGCGUGGAGCCUUGCAAAGGGGUUUAUCGCAUUGCCAAAGUCGGUGAGGGAAUCGCACAUCAAAAGUAACCUCGACGCUUCGAAUCAGAAGCUAUCGGUCAAUCAAAUGAUGAAGCUGGGCAAUCUGGAUGAGUACUUUAUCAGCGGUUGGGAUCCGAUCAGGCAUCACAACGUUUGA